AUGAAGGACAUGGAGGUUGACGAGGAGCAGAGCCCGAACCCUCGAUUCUGGCUCGAGUUUCGCACUUUUGAUGAUGGCCUCUCGGAGCAUCCACAUGCCAAGAAGACAUCGCCUUCCUCGCUCACCGCAUUUCCCCAGUUCACGCAGCUCCCUCCUGAGCUGCGCCUGAGGAUAUGGUCCUACCUCAUCCAGCCGCGCAUCGUUGUCGUCUGCUGUAUGCAGCGCGAUGAGCGCCUUGGUGAAAGAAUUAAGGAACUCGACUCGCGAUCUCACGGCAGAUCAGUACCGGUUCUCCUACACGUCAACCGCGAGUCGCGAUAUCUCGCGCUGGAGCACUACGAGCUCACAUUUUCCUGGCGCAUCUCCAAGCUCCUCUCGGACACGCCCGUUUCGGCACCCGCACGGGUCUGGUUCAACUUUGCGCUCGACGCCGUCUGGCUGGCGGGCGAGUUGGAGGCUUACGACUCGUACGGCUUCAACUCGCCCAUGGUGUAUUUCCUGCGCCGCGAGGACACGCGGAGGGUACGGCACGUGGCCUGCAUGCUGGCCGAGCUAGGAUAUCCGCGCCAGGAGAGCGACCAGGUUUUCGGGUGUCUGUGGCACGUCGUUGAUGGAUUUCCUACCAUUGAGAGGCUCCUGCUGACGGUAGGCGAGGGAGAUGACGAGGCCGUCAAGGGUAGUAAGCUGAUGAGCCCGGACAAUGUGAUGCAGAAGAUCUGGAGCGGGUGGCUGGGCGGGUCGACGACUAAGACGAGUUCGAGGAUGGCGCAUAAGCAGAUGAUGAUGAUUCAGGAAGAGGACCUAUCGAGUUUUGUAGCAGAUCUUUGA